UUGACUAUCCUGUUCCGAUUUUGGGGUUCACUGGAGAACUCAGAGGUUAAUCAAAGGAUUGUUCAUCGUUUCUUUUCUUUUGCCUGUUAUCGACACCUUUUGUGUUUUCCGUGGUUUCGAUUAAGAAGGAUUAGGGCGUUUUAGUAGGUUCAUGGCAACGUGGCUGUACUCAGGGAAGUUCUUGAAAAGUUUCUUCCAUCAAUGCAGUUUUCACUUCUUCCUUUAUUCCAGGAUACCUAGCGCCAAGACCCGUCACAGUCUUCCGGAAUAGACUACUACGCAUUGAUGGUGGUCUAACAUUGUUCAUGCCACCUACUUCUGCCUCUCAAACGGUGCGUGUAUGUGCUUUCCUCGCUACCCGAUUGGGCUUUGAAGGGAUUGGGAUCAGUCCAGACUGCAACCCUGAAAACAGAGCAGGGCCCAGAGAGCUUUUCAACUGGGCUGGUGGAAGACGAAAGGCUGGUGGAGGACGCGGUUGUAACUAGCUGAAGCAUAAAGUUAUGAUGGCGAAUCAAUCUAAAUGGAAUAUGUAGCAGGCUUGGUGAACUGGUCCAUUCAGGCUUGAUAUGUGAUGGCCAAACAAGAUGAAAAAAAAUAAAGAAACAAUGGUGGUUCCGACAACAGAGAGGGGAAGAACAAAGCAAUUGCUCUGAAUGGGAUUUUCGCACCUGCUAGGAAUACUGCGCCACAAGCACAAUCACACAGGAAAUUGGGUGUAGGGGCGUGGCGUUUACCGCAUGAGAAGCAGCAGAAGGUAUGGUAUGGGAAUGGAGAUGGCGACUGGAAGCAGCGACUAUGGCAGUUAACUACAUCCCAUGCUCUCCCGCCCAUCUCUCUCGAUCUCAACCCCUUCAUUAAUUCUUAAGAUUUCUCAUGGGAUUGCCAUCCAUUAUUGCCCAUUCCCCAUUCCUUCUCUUAAUUCUCCCUCUGUUUUCUGCAACAACCCGUUUCGGGUUCCAUCCAGUGCAUCGAGUUUAGGAUUUCGGUUGGAAAUUGAGGGUUGUUUUUCUAGAUUUUUUGAUUGAUUCGUGCUGGAGAUCUUUGUUCAUAUUUGAGUUUUAGUUCAGUGUAAUGUGGGAUGGAAUGAGGGCUUGUUAGGCGGAGGUUUAGGGUUUUUGACAGAUCAUGAUCAACAUCCUCUCGCUGUCAACUCGCAUAUUGGAUCUAUCAGGGGGGUUUUGAUUGCUGGGUUUGUACGCUUUGCCAUAGAGAUUUCCUUUCUUCUAGGGAUUCCAUUGCUGUUCCACUCUUGUUUUUUUAUUUGAAAUUAAGAGGAGGGGAAGUCUUCUUUCUUCACCAGGGGAAAAUCAAAUCAAAUCAAUGGCAUCAUCUGGGUUUUUGUUAAUUUGUAUGCUUCAUUCUCUGAUUGCUUUAACAUGUGGAGCCUUAAUGAUGUUUUAUUCCCACGAGGUCUAUGUGUUUGGCCAUGGCCCUGAGACUGCAAUCAAGCUGCAGGGAUCUAGCCCUCGUGAUCAGCUUCUGAUAAAAACAUCUGAUUCCUUCUCUGGUUUGCUUCUCUUUACUGUUGGGUUUCUUUUAUUCAUGGUGGCUUUUGUCAAAGACAGAGACUUCCAAAGCUUCUUUGCUAAAGGGUGCGUGUUGCUUCACUUAGCUAUGGCCAUAUGGAGAGUUUACUUCGAGAGGAAGCUCGAAGAUCUUGCUAAAGAUUGGCCUCGACAGGUCGUUGGGGAUGUCACAUUGGCAUUGUCAUGGGUUUUCUUUCUUAUGUAUUCAUGGAGAGAAAAGUAUGAUUAACUUCAGGUUCAAAUUUUCUUUUAGCUGCCAGAAUUGUCUAAAAUUGUCAAUUAUGACUCUGCUUCUUAAUUAUAAUAAGCUUGAUGGAAAUUGAUAUUAUUUUCA